AUGGCUUUAGCUGUUACUUCUUCCUCAACCGCGAUCUCUGGAUCGAGUUUCUCUCGCUCCGGAGCUUCUUCUGAUCCUAAAGCUCUUCAAAUCUGCUCGCUUAGAUUAUCCGAUCGAAUCCAUGUCGCUACUCUGUCUCAGAGACGUUACUCUGUGAGAUCCGAGUCGCAUUCACGCAGCGAAGCUUUCGUUGCUCGAGCUUCAACUCUAAUUGCUCCUGAAGUUGAAGAGAAAGAAGGAGACGUUGAGGAUUUCGAGCAGCUCGCGAAGAAGCUCGAAGAUGCUUCUCCACUUGAAAUCAUGGACAAAGCUCUCGAGAAAUUCGGAAACGACAUCGCAAUCGCUUUCAGUGGUGCUGAAGAUGUUGCGUUGAUCGAGUACGCUAAAUUAACAGGAAGGUCCUUUAGGGUUUUCAGCUUAGACACAGGGAGGCUAAACCCAGAAACGUACAGACUCUUCGACGCAGUCGAGAAGCACUACGGGAUCCGAAUCGAGUACAUGUUCCCGGACGCAGUCGAGGUCCAAGCGCUAGUGAGGAACAAAGGACUCUUCUCCUUCUACGAAGACGGUCAUCAAGAGUGUUGCCGUGUGAGGAAAGUAAGACCUCUCCGUCGUGCAUUAAAAGGUCUCAAAGCUUGGAUCACAGGACAGAGGAAAGACCAGUCCCCAGGGACAAGAUCCGAGAUCCCAAUCGUCCAGGUAGAUCCGGUUUUCGAAGGGUUAACCGGUGGCGCUGGGAGUCUUGUCAAGUGGAAUCCUUUAGCUAACGUUGAAGGUGUUGACGUGUGGACGUUCUUGAGAACGAUGGAUGUUCCCGUGAAUGCGUUGCACGCUCAGGGGUACGUGUCGAUCGGGUGCGAGCCGUGCACGAGAGCGGUGCUUCCAGGUCAGCACGAGAGAGAAGGAAGGUGGUGGUGGGAAGAUGCUAAGGCUAAAGAAUGUGGCUUGCACAAAGGGAACAUCAAGGAGGGAGAAGAUGGUGGUGCUGCUGAUUUAACACCUGUGGUUGUUCAAGAGAUAUUUGAAAGCAGCAAUGUGGUUACACUGAGCAGAGGAGGGAUUGAGAACUUGAUGAAGUUAGGUAACCGGAAAGAGCCGUGGCUGGUUGUGCUUUACGCGCCGUGGUGUCCGUUUUGUCAGGCGAUGGAGGCGUCGUACGUUGAGUUGGCUGAGAGAUUGGCGGUGAAAGGGGUUAAGGUGGCGAAGUUUAGAGCGGACGGUGACCAGAAGGAGUUUGCUAAGCAGGAGCUUCAGUUGGGGAGCUUUCCGACGAUACUUUUGUUUCCGAAAACGGCUCCGAGGGCGAUUAAGUACCCGUCGGAGCAUAGAGAUGUGGAUUCGCUUAUGUCGUUUGUGAAUCUUCUCCGGUGA